ACCACAGAUGACGUUUACAAUUUACAAGCGUCAAGCGUCAAUUCGUCCAAUUAAAAUAUUAUAAUAGUUUUCUGAAGUCUCCUAGUUAUUGUUUGUAUAGGUACCUACUUCGUUAUUUGUUAAACAUUGUAAUAAAUAAAGACUUCGCCACGUAAAGUGCAUAUAACAUUAUAAAGUGUUUCUUUCGUGAAUCAAAAAUAUAAACAAAUUUAAAGCUUUAAAAACAAAUAACUGUUAAAAUGUGUGGUUCAGAUAAGAAAUUGGGUGAAAUUCGUGCUCUUAUCCUCGUUGGGGGCUAUGGGACCCGUUUGAGGCCCUUAACAUUGAGUAGACCUAAACCUCUGGUGGAAUUCGCUAAUAAGCCAAUACUUAUGCAUCAGAUAGAAGCCCUAGUUGAUGCAGGCGUAACACAGGUGAUUUUAGCAGUAUCUUACAGAGCAGAUGACAUGGAAAAAGAAUUGACUGAACAAGUAUCGAAACUUGGUGUGUCUCUCACAUUUUCACAUGAGACUGAGCCCUUGGGUACGGCAGGGCCACUGGCUCUGGCCCGUGAUCUGUUGUGUUCAAGCCCUGAACCCUUUUUUGUAUUAAACUCUGAUGUGAUAUGCGACUUUCCUUUCAAAGAACUUGCUAAAUUCCACAGGAGUCAUGGAAAGGAAGGCACAAUAGUUGUCACAAAGGUAGAAGAGCCCUCUAAAUAUGGUGUAGUUGUUUACAAAGAUAAUGGUGAGAUAGAGAGUUUUGUUGAGAAACCACAAGAAUUUAUAUCAAACAAAAUUAAUGCAGGUAUGUACAUACUAAAUCCAUCGGUUCUCGACCGAAUAGAACUGCGUCCGACGUCAAUAGAAAAGGAAGUGUUUCCGUUUAUGGCACAAGACGGACAGUUGUAUGCUAUGGAGCUGCAGGGCUUUUGGAUGGAUGUGGGACAACCUAAGGACUUCUUAACUGGCAUGUGUCUCUAUUUGAACAGCUUAAGACAAAAGAACUCGAGCAAACUGCACAAUGGUGCUGAGGUUGUCGGCAAUGUAUUGAUAGAUCCGACAGCUACGAUCGGUAAAGGGUGUAGGAUAGGCCCUAAUGUGACUAUCGGUCCUGGAGUUGUUAUUGAAGAUGGAGCCUGUAUCAAACGUAGUACAAUAUUGCGCGGUGCGUGUGUCAGGCAACACGCUUGGCUCGACGGCUGUAUCGUAGGCUGGCGGUCCGUAGUUGGACGAUGGGUCAGAAUGGAAAACUGCACUGUGCUGGGCGAAGACGUUAUUGUAAAGGAUGAAUUAUAUGUCAACGGUGGCCAAGUCCUUCCACACAAGUCUAUUGCCUUAUCUGUGCCAGAACCACAGAUUAUAAUGUAAAGACUGAACAAGAAUUGACAGUUAAUUUAUAUAUUGUAUUCUGUAUAUGAUAGAUUUAUGUUCCUUUUUGUUUUUGAUCCAAGAUAUAAUUUUUAUUGUAUUUAGUAUCGGAAUCCGGAAUUGUAUAACUUACAACCGUGAUAGUUUCCUUAGCAUCUAGAGUAAGCGUGAAUAAAAUGGGAUUUGAAUAAUUACAUUUCAAUAUUCAAGUGAGAUUACCUAUAAAACACUAUGAAUUAUUCUUACUCAUAUGUUAAGAGAAUUAAAAGGGAACUCCAUUUAACCUUCAGGAACCCAGUUAGUUUAUUUUUAUAAUUUAAUAUUAUUUAUGAUACAUAUAAUUUUAUUUACUGUUUUAAUCUUAUAUAAAAUAUUUAAUGUUUAGAUUUUUCAUAAUUAUUUAUUUUUGUUUGAAUAAUUUUAUUUUAUAUUUUUAGAGGGUCACUUAAAUUACUUUCAUUUAUUCUACCACGUGUAACUCAAUUAAUCUUUUUAUUUUUCUUUUUAUAUAAUUUAAUUAAUGACGCCUUGUUAUUGAGUAUUUUGUUUUCAUUAUUUUUUCAUUUAAUAUAAAAACUAAUAAUUAUUAAAUAAAUAGCACUGACAUUUCGGAUUUAAUAAAACGGUUCCUUGUAUAACGCAAACAUUCCAAACGAUGAAGAUAAUUUGAAGAGCUCUGGAAAAUAAUCAACAACAGACCUAUAAAUAGUAAACUGCCAUUUUUAAACAAAAUGUUUUUGUAAACUGAUAUAAAUGUAUUAAUGUAACAUUUCUAAAUUAUAAAUUGUCUGCUAAAUAUGUAAAUAAUUACAAUAGGUA